UUUUUCGUGGAGAAAUGGAAAUGAUAUGUACCAAGUACAAACGCUUUUUAUGAAGGAACAUUUAGAUAUUAUCGCAAUACAUUACAAGAAAAAUUCUACUCCAGUUCUUCAAUGAAUUAUUUUUAUAGAAACCCACUUAGUCCAACCUUAUUCCAGUAAUUUGAAUAUUCUUUAGUAAUCGAUAUUCACAUUCUUACUUUGUAUCCACAUUUUCUGGUGCAACAGAACUGCAGCGUGGCAAAGAAAAUAUUAGACAUUGACAUAUGAGGAUAUUUCUCUGGUCUCUGCAUUCUGCAAAUAAUAUAAAGCAGUUGCUAUCAAUCUCAAUAUCACAGAAUAGACUGUUGAGUGCCUACGUAAGGGUUUGUGCGAAACAAAACAGUGCACCAGGUUGGGGAAGUAGAAGAGCAAAGAAUUUGUCCAGAACAAAAUUGUUUUCACUUGCAAAAAUGGACCCAAAAAUUGAAGAAGUAUUAGCUCCCCUUAGAUUGGCUGUUAAAGAACAGGGUGAUGCCGUGAGGAAGCUGAAAGAAGAUGGCGCCACUGAGAUAGACUUGAAGAAGGCAAUUUCAUUACUCAAAGCAAAGAAGAAAGCUCUAGAAGACAAGGAGCUGUCAAUGUCUCCUAAAGAAGACCAGAUAGACAGGAGUAGACUUGAAGAUUUGAUGAAACAACGCUUUUUCUAUGACCAGUCCUUCUCUAUUUAUGGAGGUGUCAAUGGUCUGUAUGACUUUGGUCCAAUGGGCUGUGCAAUGAAAGCUAACUUAAUAAAUGAGUGGCGCAAGUUCUUCAUCCUGGAAGAACAUAUGUUGGAAGUAGACUGCUCCAUGCUAACUCCAGAACCUGUACUUAAAGCCUCUGGUCAUGUGGAUAGAUUCUCCGAUUUCAUGGUGAAAGAUCUCAAAAAUGGAGAAUGCUUUAGAGCUGACCAUCUCAUAGAAGCUCAGUUUGAGAAACUCUUGGCAGAUAAGAAGGUCCCAGAAGAAACUAAAGAAGUCAUCAGAAACACUCUUCCUCAGGUGGAUGGCAUGAGCAAAGACGAAAUGCAGCAAGAAAUUCGUAAAUAUAACAUGAAAUCACCCAUAACACAAAAUGAACUCUCAGACCCAAUAGAAUUUAACCUUAUGUUUGGUACUUCAAUUGGGCCUGCUGGUAACAUCAAAGGCUUUCUGAGACCAGAGACAGCACAGGGUAUAUUUGUGAACUUCAAACGUUUACUUGAGUUCAACCAAGGGAAGUUGCCUUUUGCUGGUGCUCAGAUUGGCUGUUCAUUCAGAAAUGAAAUCUCACCUAGAUCUGGGUUAAUUAGAGUCAGGGAGUUUACACAAGCAGAAAUUGAACAUUUCUGUGACCCCACUGACAAGAGCCAUCCCAAGUUUGACAGCAUUAAGGACUUACCAGUUCCCCUGUACUCUGCAUGUAACCAAAUGGAUGGUAAGCCACUCCAACUCAUCACUAUGGGGGAAGCUGUUGAAAGAAGAUUGGUAGCGAAUCAGACUCUUGGUUACUUUAUGGCCAGGAUCUAUCUAUUUAUGACAAAGUGCGGUGUUGAUCCAAAGAGAUUCCGCUUCCGACAACACAUGAACAACGAGAUGGCUCAUUAUGCAUGUGACUGCUGGGAUGCAGAGACUAAGACAUCGUAUGGCUGGGUGGAGUGUGUUGGCUGUGCUGACAGAUCGUGCUAUGAUCUCACACAACAUGCAAAUGCUACUGGCGUCAGAUUGUGUGCAGAGAAAAAACUUCCAGAACCAAAAGUCAUUGAUGUUGUUGAAUGUGUGACUAACAAGGGCUUGGUCGGCAAGGCGUUCAAAAAAGAGGCAAAGGCAGUCACUGAAUACUUAUCCAAGUUAAAUGAAGCAGAAGUGAACAGUCUUGAAAAAGAUCUCACAGCUAGUGGUGAGUCAGCUCUAACAAUUGAAGACAAGUCUUACACAAUCACCAAGGAGAUGGUCACUGUGAAACGCUACGAGAAGAAAGUCCAUGUCGAGGAGAUAGUGCCAGGUGUCAUUGAACCCUCAUUUGGGAUAGGUAGAAUCAUGUACAGUAUAUUUGAGCACAACUUUAAGACAAGACCAGGGGAUGAACAAAGAACGUAUAUCUCGUUGCCUCCAGUCAUAGCUCCAUACAAAUGUAGUGUGCUACCUCUCAGUAACAACGCAGAUUUCCAACCAUUUGUGCAACAGAUAUCCACUGCUCUGAGAAAUGUUGACGUGUCUCACAAAGUUGAUGACAGCAGUGGAUCAAUUGGCAGACGAUACGCAAGAACGGACCAGAUUGCAAUCCCAUUUGGCGUAACAGUAGACUUCGACACAGUGAAGUCUGACCCUCCUACUGUCACACUGAGGGAGAGAGACAGCUGUCAACAAGUCAGAGCUCCUAUAUCUGAGCUUCCUGAUAUUAUCAAAGAUCUGUCCAAUCACAAAAUAGAAUGGAGUGACGUCACUGCAAAAUAUCCACUAUUUGAACAACAAGAAAAUAAAUAGACUAAUUUUUAAGACUAUCUAUAUAUUAUUGCCAACAUAUUAAAUGACACUGCAAUAUCAUAUAUCACCUAUAUAGACAUUGAGGUAUAUUGUUGAUCGAAUCAUUGUCUAAGAUAUUAUACAAGAAACUAUCUUUUGGGAUAAACCUGUUGUAUAUGUUCAUUCUCUGUAUAUCUAAUGCUGUUAUAUGGUCAUUUGGUCAUCCUUAACAUUUGAUUGGAUGUUAUGUUAUUGAAUGAGGGAAACAAUUGAAUGCACUCCAGUGAAAAAGUCGAUUUUUACAGAGUGAUUUAUUUAUUUGCAUUUAUGUCUUCAUUUAUGAAUACAGAACAUUUUUAAUGAUGUUAAACUUAAAUGCACAACUGUAUUUGUUCUUGAUUUGAUGCCUGCUUUAAUUUUGGCAUAUUGCUAAAUUAAUCUUCAUAUGAAUUCCAAGAAAUAAAACUAAUAAUGUAAUACUGGUACUGUAAUUAUGUUACAAAUUGAAAGUCAAUAUACAGUUCUUUGUAUCAUUUCUGCUGUUAUCAGAUACUGAUGUCUAAACGUUACAAACGGCUUAGGGACAACUCAUCCCUGAACAACUCAUCCCCUAGACAACUCAUCCCCUUGACAACCAACAACUCAUCCCCUAGACAACUCAUCCCCUUGACAACUCAUCCCUGAACAACU